UGACGGUUUUCUUUGUUAGAUGGUGGUGACUGGCUGCCGGGAACAUUAUAUCAUAACAAAAAAGAUGUAAAUUGUUAUAAAGUGCUAAAUUAAUACUUCAAUUUUAAUAAGAGUAAAGAAUGAUGUGAAAGUAAUCUUUAUUUAAUAAUUAGAUGUACAUCUACAUAUACAUAUUUCGUACGCAAAAAAAUAUUCUACAUAAAUAUGUGUACUGAAACAUACAAGUGAAGCAACGUAUAGUAAAUCUAAACCAAAGUUAACUACAUUAUCCAAUUGAUAGUGUUUAUUUCCAAUUAUUUGUUUGUUGUGCACUUAUAUUCGCGGCUAUGAACAAGAGUUUUGAAAACCUUUUACAAAGCGGCGGUGGCGACAUGUCCUCCGAACGCCAAUCGUCGGAAGAUGUGCACGAAUCGACAGCUGAGGAUGCCGGCUUGGAUGCGGGUGAUGAUUUUACCGAUGACACUAACUUCGAAUCGAAUCUGCGUAGACGCAAGGGCAAAAUUAUAUCUUGUGCCAAAGAAACGAUUGAAAAUGCGUCCCGUCAAUUACGUCGAAAAGUUCCAUAUGCUGGGCAUUUAAUGACGCCGCGUCGCCUUUGGUUGAAUAAAAUACCGACACAAUGUGAUGUUGUCAUUGAGUUUCCAGAAGAUGCGCCUGACGAGGCUCUUCGUUGGCUUCUCUCACGAUUGCGUUCUCAACCACCAUCGGGACUUGGAUUGGUUGUACAAGUGAAGGCUCACGAGAGUACACGUCGGAAUGCUUUCUACAUUAGUGCCCCAACGAAUGUGCUAUUUAAAGCCGCCGAAGAAGCACGAUUACCGAAACGCUUACGUCCUGACCUAGGUGGUGCCUUACGUGAAUUCACAACACGCGAAAGUCAUUGUUUUCAGCAACUCCGGACCGAAGAUGGAAGCAGUGCACUUUUCACCUCACAAGAACGGCAAUGGCUGGUGCUGCAGGUACUGCAAGGUCUCCGUGCCAGCCAGGCGGAUAUCGAAGCCCUACAGGGCCGUGCAGCCGUAGCCGAAGGACAAAGCAUUGUUGCAGCCUGGCAAGAAACUGGUCUAAUUGUGCAGGUUUUUCCGUUACAUGAAACCCGCUCUCUGGCGCUGCUACAAAACAGUUGGGUAAAACAGAUUUUCGCCCCUCAACCACUUGAUGAUAUAGCUGAAUAUUUUGGUGUGAAAGUAGCACUUUACUUUGCGUGGCUGGGCCAUUACACCUGCGCUUUAGGCGUGCCAGCUGUCUUUGGCAUGAUUUUGUAUGCAGCUCUCUGGGGAAAAGGACAAACAGCGCAAGAUAUGGGUCACGUUCUAUUUUCACUCUUUAAUGUAGCGUGGGCUUCAUUAUAUUUAGAGGCGUGGAAGCGGUAUUCUGUUGAACUCGCUUUUCGUUGGGGGACCUUAUCGACACCACCUGAACUACUUGAACCGCCUAGACCACUCUAUAAGGGUAUUCUAGUAGAAAAUAAUGUAACUGGUCGACUUGAACCAAGAGAAGCACCAGCGUGGAAGCGUCGCGUUUUUCGUUACUUAGUCAGUUUUCCAGUGAUCGGGAUGUGCCUCGCUCUUGUUUUUGUUGUAAUGUUUCUGAUGCUACGAUUCCAGGAUUGGCUGGAUCAUAAUAACAUACCUGAUAGUGGAAUUGCUCAAUGCAUGUAUAAUUUGCACAAGGAUUGGUGGGAUUCUAAAUUACCGGAAGAGAGCAUUCUAUGUUGUUUCAGUGUAAUACCAAAGGUCUUAUUAGCUGGGGCAAUAACAUUAAUGGAUGAGGCUUAUUAUAAAUUGGCUGUCUGGCUUAAUGAUCAUGAAAACUAUCGUCUUCAAUCGAAAUACGAAAACCAUCUUAUUGCAAAAGUGGCCCUUUUUCAGUUUGUCAACUCAUUUUUGUCCUUAUUCUACAUUGCUUUCUAUCUUCGAGAUGAGGAUAAACUGAAGGAGCAAUUGGCCGGAUUGUUAAUUUCACGACAAAUUAUUGGCAACCUUCGAGAGUCAGCAAUACCUUACUUCAUUGAACAAUGGAAACUAGCUAAAUUGAGCUUUAAUAUGUGGGGUGCGCUUAGCCCUACUCAGGAUAUCAACCGAACCAUAAUGGAUUCAGGUGUUUCAACGACCACAUCGACAGCAUCCACUACCACUGGAAAAAUGAAAGUGGAAACACCACAACAAACACCUACGAAACAUGAUUCCAGUAGCCCAUUGGUAAGAACUACAGCUUCAGCAUGUAAACGGAAUAUCGGGCAAGCAGAGAUCGAAAGUACUCUUUACAAGUACGAUGGGACAUUUUCUGAUCAUUUAGAGAUGCUGGUACAGAUGGGUUAUGUAGUACUUUUCUCUGCCGCUUUUCCAUUGGCCGGUAUAUGUGCGCUCGUCAACAACUUGAUGGAAAUACGUUCGGAUGCCUUCAAAUUGGCCCACGUUCAUCAAAGGCCAUUCGGUCAGCGUGUCGCUAAUAUUGGUACCUGGCAAAACGCGUUUAGUAUUUUGUCGUUGGCUGCAGUCAUUGUCAACUGUGCGUUGAUUGGUUUAUCCGGGCAAGUUUCACGUUUAUGGCCUGGACUAACAACUGCUCAAACAAUAAUUUUGAUUGUUACCCUGGAGCACAUUAUGUUAGGAUUGCGUUCUGCGCUUACAUGGUUGCUACCUGAAUUGCCGUCGUGGUUGGCAGCGGAAAUCGCACGUGCCGAACAUUGCCGCAGAGAGAUGCAAUGUAAGGGAACUUCACCGCGACCCACACCACCGACACCUCCUUCGACUACUUCAACACAGCCAGACCAAGAUGCUUUAAUAUUAGAAGGCACAACCACUAAUGAUCAAUCAAUGGAGAGUCAAGUCGCUGAGGAUAUUUUAUACCAAGAGCAAUUGCGGCAAAGCUCAAAUUAUCCGCAAAUGGAUGAAAUAGUGAAUUUCGGCCUGCAACGCAAUAUUGAAGCAGAUGUGAAUAUAUUUGAGAAUCGUGAUUCUUCGCCAGACUCACCCCCUUCACAAACCAGUACUAUAUUGAUAAGACCUUUACAUGAAUCAACACCACCAAACAGUGGUUCAUCUGUGACGAGCUUAAUUCAGGAGCCUGGCCACGGACACGGCAGCGCAUGUAAAAGUUGUAAGCUGAAAAUGAAAAAAACGGAAAUACCCCCAUUUCAUGGAUAUUCAAUUCGUAAUUUAAGCUCAAUUCAAGCUAAUCAAAGAUUGCACGCUUUUUCAGGAGUUUCUUUAAGCAGUGCAAGCACUCUGGCAUUAAAUACUAUCCGUCAGCCUAUACAUAUACCAGAAAUACCGCCUUUCCGGAAAAAAUCAAGUGACUCAGCUGAUCAAACUGGUAGCAGUGCGAGCAGUAGUCCGCAGCGCUCCAGACAUCCGCUUAUUUCGACACCUCCACCCAUGUUACAGCAUCAACCCACAAAAAUACCGGAGAUACCACCUUAUAAACAGCGCAAAAUCUCGGCCGAAAGCGCCACACAUAUAAAUAUGAGUGAUAAGCUUAUGCUUAAGGCACACGCACCCGAGUGGAUGUCCCGCUUGAAAGUCAGCGAUAAUAUAAACUUGCAUAGGAGUAUUGAUUGUAUUGCCAAGGAGUUACAAAGUAAUACAGACACCACGGAUAUCUUAAAGCCAGCACCAUCCUGGAGUAAUGUAGCCAUAAAAUCGCCAACACAACAGCAAGUAGCUGCCUCCUCAUCAUCUUCAUCGGCUGGUGGUGGCAGUUCUGGCAGUGCUGGCGGCAUCGGGACAGCCGUUAACAUUUUUGGGCGAACUGUAGACGGUGGCCGGCCUAGUGUUGGUGGCAUCUCUACUACGUCGACGUCAUCGAUGCAACUUAAAAAACUUACUGACAAUGUCAAAAAUCCAACAACAGCAGAGAUAGUCGCAGGGAAAGGGAGCACAGGCAGCACAACACAAAGCGGCAGCACUGACGAUGAAGCUAAAGCAGCGGAGAUUGCAGCAAAAAAAUCACGCUUAAAGCAAAAGCUUGUAAAAAGCGCACGAUCUGUUGGUAUAUUUUCGCUGAAAUUGAAAGAGCGGCGACAACGUGAAGCCGAGAAGGCGGCAACUAUAGCCAUUGAACAUGCCAAGGCUCUGGCUAAAUUGCCUCCCAUACCGCAACCAGGCGGCGAACUAUCUCUCAUACCUAUUGAACAGCUAAUACAAAUCGAAGACAUAAAACCAACACCAAAAGCACAACCCACCACAACAACAGUAACAGCAGCGACAAGUUUGUCCACUGCUGUGACUUCACCACAAGUAAUGACACCCUCAUCGAGCGCACUGGCGGCGGCGAUGCAGCAAUUUCAAAGUUCGGGAAAUUACUGAAUAACAACACAGGGUUACGAUCACAAUCCUACAUACAUACAAGUAAAUAUAAGAUGCAUACGGAACAUUUUGUCAUGUACUUACAUACAACUGUAAAUAUCUAAGAAUACGAAUACAAACAAAUUCAUAAAAAUACAUACAUAUUACAUUUAUAUAAAAGUACAUUAAAAUCUGCAAAAAUAGCAAAUCACUAUACACACACUAUACAAAACAAAUAUUUCCAAAAUAUGUGCAAGAUGCUAACUUUCGUAAAAUGUAGUGUAUAAUACCCAUACGUACGCACUAUCUAUCUAUUUAAAAUAAUCAUGCCUACCAUUUAUGCGUAUGGGUGGUACAUAGGUAGUUGAUAUCGAAAAAAGCUAAAUUAGUUUGAAUACAAUAACUAAAAAACUCAUUCUCGUACAUACAUAAACUUCAAAUUCAUAGGAUAUUAUUUUAUUAAAUUUAUGAUGUUUAAAAAAUGUUAUUUUCAUAAUUCACGCAUCCUCUUCUUAUCAAUCAAAUUAGUUCGAUGAUACUUCAUAGCGAUAUCUCUGUAUCCAUAAAUAAGUAAGUAUUCUAAACUCUUCACAUUGUAUAUGGAUAUAUGUAUUUCCACUAGAAAUUCUAAGAGGUGGCGUUAGGAGAGCAAUAUUUUAUAUGAGAGAGCUAAAUUUAUUUUUCUAUGUUUUUUUGCUUAAAAAAUAACAUUACGGUUUAAUAUUUAAUUAGAAUAUACCCUAAAAGAACCAAGUUUUACAGAAUAUCUCACACACCCACUUCAGAUAUUUAAGCUACCUAUGUAUACGAUACCUAUGAAGAUACACAUCUACAAUAUGCAUUUACAUACAUACAUAGUAGUGGUAGUGAGUAUGGCAUUUAUUAAAUCAAAUUUAAACAAAAACUGAUAUUGACAUUUUUGUCAGAGUGAUUGUGUUUUACAUAUGAGUAUAUCCAUACAUGUUUAAUUUAUUAUCAAUAAGAUUUAUAAUUAUAAUUUAGGCAGAUAUACUAUAUGGGUCAUUCCAUCACAAUUAACAUUACAAUUUCUUUUUUCAUGCAAAACAUUGUUUUUUGUGUUCUUUGACUCAAAUUAUUCGGCAAUUUUUUAGUCCGAGAAAAGUAUUUAUUUCAUUAUAAAAAUGACGAAUCGGCUAAUGUUAUCGGAUAUACGUUGAAUUUAUUCGACUUUAUUUUUGUAAACAAAAUGAACAUUUCUAUAAACAAAUAAUUUUUUUCUAUUUGGAACUAUUUUAUUAAUGUGACUAAUUUUCUUAUUUUGAGGACUGAUAGUUCGAAAAUAUUUUGAUAAGGUAUAAUGGGGGUAAGAGAAGUGUUGACCGGCUUAAAGCCAUUUUUGGCACCCACACCUAUUAUUAUCAGAAAAAGACUCUCUCUGAAUGUUAAUUAUAUAUCUCACGCAGGUCUAUUCGUGAAAAGUUUAUCUCGUUAUAUUAAUUGCUUCUUGAUUUGUAUACUGAAAAGUAAAAGUAUCAGAUGGAAUUUUAAAUUAGGGGUAUUCUCUUGCUCUUGCAAAACCCGGUGCACGGUGCGAGAAUUGCAGAUUUACAACGGCACAACAACAAACACAUGCAGAAAAUUAUUUGCAAUGGCUGUAAAAUAUGUCAGACCAAAACCCAUGUAUACUCGUAUUUGCGUGCAAUGUCACGCAAAAAUAAAAUUGCAACCCUGUUGUAGUUGCCAUUUUACAUAAAGACAUACAUAUUACGCCGUUAAAUUGUUGAGAAAGGUAAAUUUUAAUUAGAUUUUAUAAUUUCUAUUUAAAUUAUAAAGUUUUGUUACAGUUUUUUUUGUUAAAAAUGUAUGCAGAAGGUGCGCCAAUUCACAAUAGCCAUGCACAAUAGUCAUUUACAAUAAAUUGACUGAAUCAGUCGCUCAUAUAUCACUAGAUUCUGCAAUGGGUGCUCUCGUGCCUUGUAUAUUUCCGUAUAGUAUUUUUGCAAUCUGCAAUCUUGCAAGAGCAAGAGAAUACCCCUAUUGUGUUAUGUGGGAAGUAAAUAUGUAGAAAACUGUCAACCUUGAUUAUUGAACCGCGUUGAUUUGGGUUUUUCCACUUCGACUCAUCUUUGCCACGAUAUUCGGCCGAUUGAUCGUCUGUUUUAUCCCGCUAGUCGGAAAGCAUUGUUUUACAGAUGUUAACGCGACAAUGUUUUUCGAAAAAAUUUAGUGAUAUUGGAACCAAUCGUGCCUUUACUUUUCUAAGGCCUAAAUGAUUUUUCAAAAUGGUUUUCACUAAUCUUUCCAAUAUUCCAAUGAAACUAGAAAUUAAUUGUCGAUCCUCAAGAAUCAAUUCCUUUAUUUCAUUGACGUGUUCAUCAUCAGUUGAUAUUGUUGGCCGUCCUGGACGUGGAUCGUCGUCGCUCGUUGUCGACCCUCUUUGAAUAAUUGUUACCAAUGAAAAACAAAUGCUCGCGACAAACAAUUAUCACCGAAAAAGGAUCACAAAAAAAAGAAAUAAAAUUGUUGAAAUAUAUUUUAGUAUCAUUUACAACGUUUUUAUUUUAGACAGCAGUUAACUAAAUAGUACCUAGUUAAUUUCAUUCGUUUAGAAAACAAAGGCUAGCGUCAAGUUGAGUUCGCUUAUUAGCUACUAAUCACAAAUAGAGUAGAGUCGUCCAUAGUUCCUUCCAUUCAAACGAACUCUCAAGAAAAUUGUAACGAAGUUUAAAGAUUAGAAACAAAGGAAAAUUUUAUUAAAUGAAAAUAAUAAUAUAAUAGUUAAAAUAGCAGUAAUAUAUGUAUAAUAUGUUUAAUAAUGGUGAAAAAUAAAAUAGUAUAUUGCUGAAUGUUCGGAAACUCGCUUUAAUAUUGUUGAUUUAUGUUUAUUAAGCAAAUAUUCUGAUGUUCAAGUAGAGCACUUUUCGAGUGAAAAAUAAAGCUGUGUUACACAUAUUUUAAGGUCCACUUAAACCAUGUUAACUUACAUUUAUAUUUUACCUAUGAUUAUACACAAAAUACAAAAAUAUGUACGUCAGACGAUAUACCAUAAUACAAAUUUAUUUUACUGUCAAUCUACAAGAUGCAUACUUGCAUACUUACCUUUGUAAAUGUCGACAUACAUACGUAACUAGUUACAAACAGAAUGUCAUUCAUACAUAUAUAAAACCAUAUGCAUGCACAAAAUGGAGGUAGUAACAUUUUCAAAAACUACUCACAAAGAAAAGUAAAAAUAAAGAACAUGAUUUAAUUACAUAUAUAAGAUUGUGUCGAUAGCCCAAAAUAAGAAUUUGUAAAAGGUAAUUGAAUCCAUAAUGUCAAAAUUAGACGUUUUCCUUUGUAUUGUUUUGUUUUUAUGAUUCAAAAAUUUCUCUCAAUGAAAAUGCGUUUCUUGAGUGAUAAGUGAAUGAGAAUAGAUUGUAAAUUAUACAAAGUUAUCAAAAUGUAAACAGCAAAUUCAAGAGAAAGACAAAAAAACUAGCUUUGACAUUGUGGAUACAAUAAUUUCUUUCGUAAGAGGAAGCACUCUAUAUCGACACAACCUUCUAACGUAUAAUUGAAUAAAGGUAAAAAAAUAAAGUAAAUUGUAAAUACUUAAAAUGUCUAUAAGUUUUUGUGUUAUUUACAAGAAUAAAGAGAUAAAAAUGAAAAAACUGA